AAUCGCUUCCCCAUCUCUUUAGAAAAUCCAAGGUUUUCUACUAGAGCCUUGGCUUCCGCCGGAGCUGCUGCUGAAGUUGCGCGCGUGGACAUCGCAAACCCGUCCGCCGAAACACCACCGCAGUCUCGGCACGCGCGGCGAAUCGUUCCUCCGUCGAGCCCCUGGCGAAGGACCCGUCGAUAUUUCACCUCGAGAGCUCCUCGCCGCAAUCGGAGCCAGAUCUGAGGUGAGUCUCCAAGGGCCCCACUUUUUGGUGUUUAGAAAGAACCCCUGGCAUUUUGGCAACUUUGACAGGCUGCGAUGAAUCAUUCUUAGCACAGAGAUCUCUCCAUUUUGCUAGUUUUUGGGCUUCCGAGUUUUUCCAAUCUCUGGCAGCCACUGCUUUUGCUGCUGUCCUAUUUCGACUUUUUUCGUCGAAGAGGAGAUCAAGCGAGAUCGUUGGAGAGGAGUGCAAAGAGACGGCAAGGAGAGCAAGCGAGAUCAAUGGAGUGGGGUGCAAAGAGACGGCGCACGGGUGGAAAUGAUGGAACAGCAGGAGGCGCUUCUUCUACUCACACGUCAACAGAAGGUCAAGAAGUGGAUAAUUCAUCGGGAUAUGACUAUGAAGUAUUCUUGAGCUUCAGAGGACCAGAUACUCGAGCAGGUUUUACCGACUUCCUUUACACUAGUCUUAAAGAUGCAAGUAUCCACACAUUUAAGGAUGAUGAAGAUCUUCGCGAUGGUGUAGAAUUUGCCCCAAAACUUCUCCAAGCAAUUGAGCAGUCAAAGAUCUUAAUACCUAUCUUUUCGAAAGAUUAUGCCUCUAGUGUUUGGUGUCUCAAGGAGGUAGUUCAGAUGGUCAAGUGCAAGAAAAAUGGGGGGAAAAUGAUCAUGCCCAUUUUUUAUGACGUGGCGCCUUCAGAGGUUCGAUACCAAACUGGGAAUUAUAAAAAUUCCUUUCUUUUACAUGAAAGCAAGGGGAGGUGUGACCAAAAGACUAUCGGAGAGUGGAAAAAAGCUCUUUGUCAAGUUGGGGAAAUAAACGGAUGGGAACUGCCAAGGGAUCCUACCAGGCGAGAAAGCAAGUUCGUGAAAGAAUUCACGCAGAAGAUUUUCAAUGAGUUGAAAAAGGCUUCUCUGGCAGUAUCAGACAACUUGGUCAGUGUCGACCACCAUGUGGAAGAAAUCAUGGAAAAGAUAGGUGCUCAAACAAGUGAAACACGGAUUAUAGGAAUCCAUGGGAUGGGUGGCAUUGGAAAGACGACUCUUGCCAAAAUCAUCUACAAUCAGCUUUCAAAAAAAUUCAACAAUUGUUGCUUUCUUGUUAACAUCUGUGAACAAGCAGAAACCAACAACGGCAUUAUAUCCUUGCAGAAGAAGCUCAUCCUUGAGGUCCUCAAAAAGAAAUUGACCAACAUAAGAGAUGUAGAUGAAGGGAUUCAGAAAAUUAGAAAAGAGUUGUCUAAUGAAAAAGUCUUGGUUGUUCUCGAUGAUGUGGAUCACAAGAAACAUAUGGAUGCACUUGUAGGAAACCAUAAUUGGUUUGGUAAAGGAAGCAAACUUAUUAUUACUACUAGAAAGAAAGAGGUUCUCAAGGUUCCCGAAGUGGAUGACCUUUAUGAAGUUGACAUCAUGGAUUCUGAAAAAUCUCUUCAACUUUUUAGCAAACAUGCCUUCAGAAGAGAUUAUCCUUUGGAUAAGGAUAUUAACCAAUCCAUGAGGGCAAUAAAAAUUGCUGGAGGUCUUCCGUUGGCUCUCGAGGUCAUGGGUUCAUUUUUAUCUUGCAUUGAAAGGGAAAAGUGGAAUUCCAAAUUGGCCAAGUUGGAAAGUGUUCCUCAUGCGGAUGUUCGGAGUAAGUUGAAAAUAAGUUACGAUGUAUUAGAAGAUGAGGAAAAGCAUAUAUUCCUCGAUAUAGCUUGUCUUUUGAUUGGAUAUGAUAAAGACAUUAUUGUUCAUUUCUGGAAAUCUAAAUUCCAUUCGGAAAAUGCCUUGGAUGUUUUGGAGAGCAUGUCUUUGAUAAAGAUUAAAGAGGAUAAUAAAGUUUGGAUGCAUGACCAACUCAGAGACCUCGGAAGACAUAUAGUUCAACAAAUAAAUAUAAAGGAGAAAACUAGGGUGUGGAAUGCUGAGGAAGCAUUGGAAUUGCUCAAGAGACAAGAGAAAAAGAAAAAACUUGAAGCUCUUCGUCUCGACUUGGACCAUCAGCACCGUUUUACCUAUGAAGACUUUAAAAGACUACCAAAUCUAAGGUUCCUUGAAGUUUGCAGUUCAAAGGAAACAUUUCGUGCAGAAGAGAGGCUUUUUUGGCACGAAUCGCCAUCCAGUGUUCUUCCAAUUAAUGUUGUCAAGGAGGAUUCAGAUCUCCUUCAACAAUUAAGAUGGCUUGCUUGGCAUGAUAUUCCUCCAACAUUUAAGAUUACAAAUUUCUCUAUGGAGGAUGUGGUUAUUCUUGAUCUGUCUGGGAGUAAAAUUACACAUGAUUGGAAGGGGUGGAGCCACAUGAAGGUGAUGAACAAUUUGAAGGUUAUGAAAUUGACCAAUUGCAUUUUCUUGGAUAGAACCCCCAACUUUCUUGCACAUUCCAAAUUAGAACGUUUGAUCCUACAGGGCUGUUACAAUUAGUUGAAAUUGACAAGUCAAUUUGUCAAUUGAAAAGCUUGGUUUUCUUAGAUGUAAGCCAUUGUGGGAAUCUUCGGAGGUUGCCAGACGAGAUGUGUAGAGAUCUUGAAAGUCUCAAAUACCUAUAUAUGAUUGGUUGCAAUUCAUUGGAGAGGCUUCCAAAUGC